AUGGGUACUUACCUUCAUGAACCAUUCACGCGUAAGAAUCCAAACUUUUUGGUGCAUGAUAUGCUAAUCUACUACAUCCCUGGAUUUUUAUGGAUCAUCACAGUACUUUCCGACGCUUAUCUAUUCCGAAAAAAUUAUUACGAAGAGGGCGCCAAGCGAAAAUUUGCCAUUCUGUUCUUCCUAGACCACAACCUCGGCUUCCUCUCAUUCGUGGUGAAUUUUUGCAUAGCAUUUUUUGUCAUUAACGUCCCGGAUUCGAUGGUGCCAUCGAUAUUUAAUUUAUGUAUACCCUUAAUACUCGAUGGAAUCUACGGCAUGAAUUUCCUGCUCGUCUUCCUGCUGGGCGGUCGCGAUGAGCAGAAUCACUCGUUCGGGACGCAAAGCACCAAUUUGAGCGCGAAA